AUGAGUGAUACUACCGAUAUGAGCGUUUUCGUUGCCUUAUUAAUGAGGGUAGCAAGAGCUUUUUUCCAAACGGCACAUAUUGUAGUGUUGGAUCAACUUACUAAACAUGAAGCAAUCAGCGACGAAAACUUGGCAAAGGGCGUUGGUCUUAACGUUAAAGAGAUCCACAAGCUUUGCGGUACUCUGAAAGAAGCGCGCCUCAUAAAAACGUUCUCAAGAACAGAAUCAAAGAAAGCAGAACAGCGGGCAAUGCCAAGAACCUAUUAUUACGUUGACUGGCAACAAGUCGUCAAUGUUAUAAAAUGGAAAAUUUUUAAAAUCAGGGAGAUGGUUGGAGAUCGAAUGCGAAGUGAACAAGAAAAUAAGGGAUAUUUAUGCCCAGGUUGUAAAAAAGUUUUUGCACCUCUUGAUGUUCAUAACCUCUUUGAACCUCUUCGUGAUGCAUUUGUAUGUGACUUAUGUCACUCUGAAUUGGAUCAUAACGACAAUGCUGAAAAUGUAAAAGGAUCCGAGAAACUUCAUGGAAGGUUCAUGGAGCAAAGUCAGCCGAUAAUUGAUUUAUUGAAAUCUAUUGAUAAAUUACGAAUCCCUGUUUCUUCAGUUGAGAAGUUUCAACAUGGGUCAGGUGCAAAGAAUGGCCAAUCAGGUUCUACACAUACUAAUCUCCAAUCGGAAGGGCUUGUCAUUGUGUUUCAAGAUGAUAAUGAAACUUCAAAGAUGGAACGACAGGCAGAACUUGAAAAGAAACGGCAACGUUCAUUUGGAAAAUCUAUUGAUUUCUACUUUUUAUAUAGGCAACAAAAUGCAUUACCUGCUUGGCACGUACGUAGUACAGUAUCGGGUGAUGUGAUGGUUGCAAAUGCCUGGAGUCAAGGUGCAGCAAAAGAAAUUGAAGAACAAAAAGUAGAAAACGUUAGAGUUAAUGAGAAAGGUGAUGAAGGGCAUAAUCGAUAUUUAGACGAGUAUUAUGCUAACCUUUAUCAAGAUACCGAUACGUCUCCAAUGGUAGAGGAAGAUGAUGAAUUUGAAGAGGUAGAAGUGGAAGAAAAUGAAGAGGUUUUCGAAGGAGAUUUCGAAGAAGUCGAAAUUGAUACCUAUAACGGCCAUACUUAUGCCGAAGAUGAUGAUGAUUUUGAGAUAGUCGAAGAUUCACAUCGAUAUACCAAACGACAGAGAACUGAACCUCACAAUGAUGAUUAUGGAAAGUAUCGUGGAAAUGGCAAUAGGAAAUCCAUUGGUACUCAUUAUUAA